AUGUUAACUAUCACAAACCGUCUGGCUUUAUUAUUAACCAUACUUAUUACUUAUCAAAGGUGUUGCUGUAAAUCGAUAAGUCUUCGUGUUUAUCAUGAACCGUCAGGUGAUGAUUGUAUUUGGCAGGGUGAUGCACCAUUUUGUUUCAUUGGUUUUGGCUGUCCAUUAAAAAUGAUCCCUGUCAAAACUGAUAAACAAGGUGAUGGUGAUUAUUGUUUAAUUGGAUAUAAGACAUAUUGUUAACUUGAUCACGUAAAUAUGAAUUGUAAAUUAUCUCGAGCUUCUCUUAUCGAACUACGACUUAUUCCAACACAAAUGCUUAUUGAUGAUGCACUCUGUCCAUGCUGUAUGCGACCAGUAAUCGAACAUCGAUAUGAAAUAGGACUUGGAAAAGUUCCUUUUACAUGGCAAAAUCUACUUCCACGGCUUAAACGCAUACUCAGAAAGAGUGCUGUAGUAUCGAUGAUAGUUGGAACCGUUGUAGCUUUUGUUAUUUUAGCACUUGGCACUCUUGUCAAUCAUUUAAUGACUAUUUAUGAGAAAAAUCGUCAAGAAAUCAGCGAUCAUUUGAAGCAAUAUCAACAGAAAUCAUCAAAAGUUGACUACAAUCCACAUGCGCGUACACUAAUAAAGAACAACACACAGAAAUACUUUUCUAUUGUUACGAUUCCUCAUGACAAUUACAAUGAUGAAAAUUUAGGACUAUUAUUAGGUUUAAUCUCAUUCUGUCUUUGUUUAUCACUGAUAUUAAUAUCAUUAAUUUUAUGGCGAUCAUUUUCAUCAAAAUCGUCUUCGAUUCCGUCGAAAAGAGAAGAACAUGACGGUGAAUUAGGAAUCUUGAUGCCUAUCAACAUGUCUCAAUCUGUUUUCACACAAAUUGCUAUGAAUACUUCCGAUCAACUCUAA